GAGAGUCAUUCGCGGCCUUAUCUAAGUUCCACACUUUUAAGCGGGCGGAAAAGAUUUAAGUCCUACUUUGCAAGGAAAAUUGGAGGAGACUAUUCCCACUGGUUUUUAUCUAAUUACUUUAGAUAAGUUUUAAUCCAGCGACGCUCGUUUCAAUUGGAAUUUCCCUUAUCUGAUAGCAGCUCCAUGAUAUCUUCCCUUUUGCGUUCGGUUUAAAUGCAGUGUUUAAAAUGGCAAGCAACGAAAGGGUGGAGAAAUGUUUUACAUUUUUGUGGAAAUUAGAAAAUAUCAGCUUAUCAUCUCAAAAGAAGGGUGAACCGAUUACAAGCCCGGCUUUUGUGGUGGAUGCAAUACAAAAGACGAAGUGGAAGUUGUAUCUCUACCCCAGGGGGAAGGGAGUCGGAAAUGGCAUCGCUUGUUUCCUUAACAGAGAAACAGACAGCAAAGGUACGGAAAGGGUAGAAAUAGAAUUCGAUCUCGCUUUCAUCACCGAAGAUGGCUCAGUUCUAAAAUCCCACAAUAUACUGAAGCAUACUUUUCCCAAAGGUGGAGACUAUGGAUUUCAUCGAUUAGAAAGUCGAGAAAAUGUGUUCAUUUCGAGACGAGCAGAAUUUUUGCCACGAGACACUCUGACGGCUCGUUGCAGGAUAUGGAAUAGUGAUGGAGAGAUGUUAGAGGACUUCCUAUGUUCCGCGGAUACCCGCAUUGGAGUGAAGAGGAGAUCCUUCUUGUGGAAGGUGGAAAACUUCAGCUCUCUUGAAUCAGAGAAAAAAAUCACUUAUUUAAUCAAAUCGAUUGAGAACGAUGCUCCAUUAUUGUCAAUAGAUCUCUCCUUGACUGGAGGCUUAUAUGCCGAUGAAAUUAUCCGUUUCGACUUGUCUCUUCGUAACCAAGUUAUGAAAUUUUGUACUUUAAAAUUGUUCCUCGUAGAUGCUUCCGGAAGUAGAGUAGAAUGCAACCAGGAUGAAUUUUGGUUCGACAGCCUUUAUAAACAGUUUACAUUCUCUUUUACAAAGAAGAAAUUAUUGUCCAAGAAAAGUAUAUAUCUCCCUGGUGAUAUUUUGUCGUUACACUGGGAAUUGGCUUUUUCUAAGGGGGUCGUAUUCGAAGAAGUUCAUUAUGGAUCUACAUCUUCUGAAAACGAAAUGCGUGAUAUUCAGAAUAUAAAUCAAGAAAAAUUGAUGCCCCUUUCAUAUACUUUGAAUGCUAGCCUUAAAUCUUUGUACGACAAGCAAUUCCUCUGCGACAUUAAAUUGAAAACAAGCACCAAGAUAUUUCCUGCCCACAAAAUUAUUCUCAGUGCUUCUUCGUCUGUGUUUAACGCAAUGUUUUCGAACGACAUGAAAGAAAGAGACAGUGAGUGUGUCAACAUCGAAGACUUGAGUGACGAUACAGUUCGUCGAAUGCUGUUGUAUAUUUAUACCGCUAGCAUGGAUGAUGUGACAUGGGAAAGCGCUUCUCAUCUGUAUGUAGCUGCGGAUAGAUAUGCCAUCUUAAGUUUGAAAAAUAUAUGUUCCUCUUACUUAAAGGACAAUCUCUCUCCAAGCAACGCUUGUGAAGUCCUGCUGCUUGCUGAUUUUCAUGCUGACGAUGAUCUGAAAUCUGCUGUUCAAGAUUACAUUUUGAAACACGAUAAAGAUAUAAUAAAUUCUGACGAAUGGAAAAUGUUAAUGGAAACUAAUGGGAAGUUAGCAGCUGAAACUGUAUGCCUUCGAUACAAAUGAAUUUAGAGUUCCAAGAUUGAACUGUUCCUCUGCUUUUAAUCAGAAGAUGAUUCACUAUUAUAUGAUACAACUUACUGUAACUGGAUUAUUAAUUCAUUUAAUCCAAAUUUGUCUCUUUAAUUUUUUUAUUAAUGCUCAAAUUGUAUCUGUAUGAAAAUGUUGAUAUAAAAUAAAUUUUGAUAUGACUGUG